AAUUGAACAAUGCCAAUGCCAUUCGCCAUUGGUCACAAUCUCAAUCUCACAGCAUUGUGUAAGGAAGCUUGGUUGAAAGCGUCGCUUCACGGUCUGCUUAUGACACACAGUCCAACUGUAAACGCCUCUACAUAUCUUUAACUAUUGCAAGCCCGCAUUUCCGAGAAAUUCCUAUAAGAGGGUAAGCAAAUCCACUCCGACAUCAAUGAGAGGGAAUUUGAGUUUGCUACACAAUUUUUUACAGAACACCCUUAUACGGAUGUAUGACAAUUGUGGAAGCUUAGUUGAUGCACGCAAAGUGUUUGACCAAAUGACUGAGCAUGAUAUCUUCUCAUGGAAUAUCAUAAUUGCAGCUUACAGAAGACACGGGGAUCCUCACGAAACAUUGAGAGUGUUUCAGAGAAUGCAACCAACAGGUUUCCAACCUGAUCAAUUUACGUUUGCCAGCAUACUCCCGGCGUGUGCCAAAAUGAACUCGUUGGAACAGGGUAUGAUCAUACAUCAAAGAAUAAUUGAUAGUGGAAUUCUGUCAGAUGAUGUAGUUAGAAAUGCCCUGGUAGAUAUGUAUGCAAAAUGUGGAAGCAUACAGAAAGCACGUGAGCUGUUUGAAAAUAUGCCUCAAAAAAAUGUGGUCUCAUGGAAUGCAAUGAUUGCUGGAUAUACACAAAACGGUCUUCUUGACAGAGCUAUAAAGGCUUUUCGAAAAGAUGCCUCAAAGAAAUGUUGUUUCAUGGAAUGCGAUAAUUGCAGGAUAUGCACAAAAUGAUUUUGUUGAAGAGGCCUUGGAAAAUUUUAAGAAAAUACAAUCGACAGGUGUAAAGCCCAUUACUACAACCUUUGGCAGUGUCCUUACAGCCUGUGCCAAAAUGGAAGCUUUAGAACAGGGAUGCGUACAAAAUGGACUUGUUGAAAAGGCCUUGGAAACUUUUAAGCAAAUGCAUUUGGGAGGCGUAAAGCCAAACUCCACAACCUUCGCAAGCAUCCUCCCAGCUUGUGCCAGAAUGGGAGCCUUAGACCAAGGUAUGGGCCUCCAUCGAAGCAUAGUGGAAAGGGAUAUUUUGUCAGAUAUUGUAGUUGCAAAUGCCCUCGUAGAUAUGUAUGGAAAAUGUGGUAGCAUACACAAGGCAUGCAAUCUGUUUGACAAAAUGCCUCAAAAAAAAUGUGAUCACAUGGACUACAAUGAUUGUAGGAUAUGCAUAAAAUGGGCUUGUUGAAAAGGCAUUAGAAGCUUUAAAGCAAAUGCAAUUGGCGGGUAUCAAGUCAAACUCCACGACCUUUGCAAGCAUCCUACCAGCCUGUGCCAAAAUGGGAGUUGUAGAACAAGGGGACAUCCAUCAAAGCAUAAUAGAAAGAGGAUUUAUGUCACAUCUUGUAGGUGCAAAUGCUCUGAUUGAUAUGUAUGCAAAAUGUGGAAUCAUACACAAGGCAAGUGAAGUUUUUGACAAAAUGCCUCAAAAAAAUGUAAUAUCAUGGAAUGCAGUGAUUUCAAGGUAUACACAAAAUGGGUGUGUUGAAAAGGCUCUGGAAACAUUUAAGCAAAUGCAAUCAGUAGGUGUAAAGCCAGACUCAACAACCUUUGUCUGUAUUAUCCCAGCAUGUGCCAAAAUGGGAGCUUUAGAAUAAGGCACAGACAUCCAUCAAAGUAUAAUAGAAAUGAACAAAUUGUUAGGUGUUGCGGUUGCAAAUUCCCUAGUAGAUAUGUAUGCAAAAUGUGCAAGCAUAUAGAAGGCACGCUAAUUGUUUGAUCAAAUGCCUCAAAGGAAUGUGAUCUCAUGGACUUCAAUGAUUGCAGGAUAUGCACAAAAUGGCUUCUAUAAGGAUACUCUUAGUCUUUUUGAAUCAAUGAAG